AAUGUGCAUAAAAGCAUGGUUGUUUUCCAUCUUUUACUAAACGUAGGCUGUUUUCAUUUGCCAGGAUUUGUCUUUAGUGAAUCUGAAUCAACUGCAUUAGAACAAUUUGAAGGUGGCCCUUGUGCAGUGAUUGCACCUGUACAGGCAUUCCUUUUGAAGAGGCUUUUUACCAGUGAGAAGUCUGCUUGGAGAAACUGUCCAGAAGAAGAGCAGAAGAACCUUCUCUGUCAUACACUAUGUGAUAUUUUGGAAAUGGCUUGCUCUGAUAAUUCUGAGUCAUACUCUCUGGCGACAUGGAUAAGAGGAAAAACAACUGAAGAAACUGCUAGUAUUUCUGAAAGUCCUGCAGAAUCUAGUCGUCAAGAGGAACAACCCUCUGCCUUGGCUGUCGAAGAGCUUGGCUUUGAGCGAUUUCAUGCAUUAAUUCACAAACGAGCAUUCACAAACUUCCCUGAACUGAAGGAUGCAGUUUGGGAUCAAUACUCCGUGUGGACAAACAGAUUUGGAGUAUUGCUGUUCCUAUAUUCUGUGAUACUAACAAAGGGAAUAGAGAACAUUAAAAAUGAAAUUGAAGAUGCAACUGAGCCAUUGAUAGACCCUGUUUAUGGUCAUGGAAGCCAAAGCUUGAUUAAUCUUCUGUUGACGGGGCAUGCUGUUUCUAAUGUGUGGGAUGGAGACAGAGAAUGUUCAGGAAUGAAACUACUUGGUAUACAUAAACAGGCAACGGUCGGCUUUUUGACAUUGAUGGAAUCUCUCCGAUACUGUAAGGUUGGCUCCUACUUGAAAUCUCCAAAGUUCCCUAUUUGGAUCCUUGGCAGUGAAACRCAUCUCACAGUCUUUUUUGCCAAGGAUAUGGCACUUGUUGCUCCUGAAGCGCCUUCAGAACAAGCCAGAAGGGUUUUCCAAACGUAUGACCCAGAGGAUAAUGGUUUUAUACCUGACACUCUCCUAGAAGAUGUAAUGAAGGCUCUGGAUCUUGUUUCAGAUCCUGAAUAUGUAAACCUCAUGAAGACCAAAUUAGACCCCGAAGGACUGGGCAUCAUACUGCUGGGUCCCUUUCUACAAGAAUUUUUCCCUGAGCAGGACUCUAGGGUUUCAGAGUCAUUCACUGUUUACCAUUACAAUGGACUGAAGCAGUCUAACUAUAAUGAAAAGGUGAUGUAUGUAGAAGGCACAGCCGUUGUUAUGGGUUUUGAGGAACCAAUGCUACAGACUGAUGACACCCCUGUAAAACGGUGCUUGCAAACCAAAUGGCCAUAUAUAGAGCUCCUCUGGACCACAGAUCGAUCUCCGUCCUUAAACUGAUGCGUUUCGUAUGGAAACCAUAUACUACUAUCAAAUGCUUGAAUGGGGAUGUAAGAGUCGGUAUUCGCUUGGAAAGUGCUCUACUUUGACUGUGUGAACUUAUACACUGGGUAUCAUUGAUGAAUUGUAAAUAAUGAUUACAAACACUUUUUCAGUGUUAAUUGGAAUAUUUAAUUUUUUAAUCAGAUUGAUUUCUAUUAUAAUAGUUUGUCUCUUUUGGCCACUGUAGUGCUGUUAAUGUGAGUUAUCUUAAAGAAAAAAAAAGUUAUAAAGUCUUGAAAUUAUUUUGCCAUCUCAUGAAGAUUUGAAAAAUGUCUGUUAUGCAGAAUAUGCAUAUUAGAUGUCAAAUCUUUAAACCAUAAAGCGUAUUCAGCUUCCUAUGAAUCAUACAGGCAUGUUUAUUAUUUAAGUGGUAUUGGCUUACAUUACAGUACCAUAAUUUGUGGACUGGCCUUUGCACUGAAAAUGUUUAAAUGAGUUUAGACUUUCUGCAGUUUUUCCUGAAAUCCAGUUUUACCUAAAGAGCUUGCACAAUGUGAUAUAAAUAAAAUACAUUUCUAGGACUAUUACUAAGUAUAAUUCAUAAAUAUUCUUCCUUGGCAGUUGUAUAUCGCUGUGGCUUAGUUAUCAGGCAUGCUAAAAGUGAAUACAAAAUCUGAAGAAAAAAUAGAUGUAUUAAUAUUUAUUUGAAUUUGUAUAAAAGAAAUGUAAAAAAAAAUCAACAGCAGAAAGAAUUUCUUGUUCUAUAAUCUUUAAACUGUUCAAAUUUAUAAUAUUGCCAAAUACCUCUUCUCAGUAUGUCCAAACAGCAGUGUAAGCCA